CAAUUGCCAGUGCAUCACGAGCCCCUCGGCACUUCAGGUGUCCGUUCCCACGUAUUCCGUAACCCCCGGGCUCCCCAGCCCUCGACAAGUGCAAAAUCACCCCCAACCCCUGCACCGGAGUCUCUGAUCCCUCGGAGAACUCCCGAAAACGAUAAAUUAUCUCCCAAAAUCGGGGAUCGGUGGUUCAUUCGCUCUCUGAGUGGAGCCCGACGAAUGUUCCCACGCUCUCAUUGUCAUGUAACUGUGUGUUGGGUACGUACGUGUGAAAUUCCAUAGUGAAGAUGAACGCACAGGGACAACACGUACAGGAGCACGGGCAUGCUGUUGUUGUGUGGGAGUGGGAGAAUAGACAGGGUAGAUGGAGACCCUACAGUCCCGCUGUUUCGCAGCAUCUCGAGCGUGCACAUUUCAAGAAAUUAACGAGGGUGUUUCUCAAUGAUGCGGAUACAACACUUGACAGGUACUACAUAAACCUGAAGACAAAGACCCAGUGCAGCGACGAUGGCGAGGAGAUUCACAGUGUCAGACGUAAGUUCUACCUGCCAGGCUCGCCAGCUGGAAAAGGUGCCAAAUGGGAGUGGGCGGGUGACACUGAUGACUGGCACACGUACGACAUGGAGGUCCAGUGCCUCAUCGAAGAGGCUUGGGCAACGGGAAACAAAACCAUUGAUGUCUCGAAAACCUACUUGGGCUUCCCCUACAUAAUAAACUUCUGCAACCUAACCCAAGUGCGCUGCUGCACCGGGUAUGUGCGACCUAUACGUCGGGUGCAACAAGCACCAUAUCCUCUAGUCAAGGUCACCCUCGAUGAGCUGCACUAUGCGACUGGCAGGCGUGCCUUACCUCCGCCGAAUGUCAAGAACACCAGCACCAAGAAUGCGUUGAAGAAGCCGCCUUGUGGCAGCUCUAAAAAAACUUCCAAAAAGAGUAAAAGCAGUGAAAAUAGCCCCGCCAACAUAGCCCGAGUGAUCCUCAGCAACUUCAACAUCUUCGGGACCAAGAGCUCCAUGGAGCCAGCCCCCAUAACGUCAAACGAGUCCUCCCAGAAGCGCAAGAACUGGGACAGUGUCUUGGACGCCGACUCCAGCAGCACCAAGAGCGGUCGUCGUCCAAGUGUCGACACAGUCUCCACUUACCUGAGCCACGAGAACCCUGUUGACCUCCUGGACAGCAGCAUCGGGAGUGACGAGGCCUUCAAGGAUCCCGCGGACAUGCAGAUGCACUCGGACGUCAUCUCGCAGUACGUCAAAGUGGUGGAGAGCGAUGGAACGGACUCGUGUCCUGUUUGUCUGGGUACCCCAGAGCCUCUGACCGUGGAACUCACCCGCUGCCAUCAUCGGCUGCAUCUCGCCUGCCUCAAUGCGAUGCUGAGCUCCCAGCAGCAUCCCAUGUACAUUCAGUGCCCUGUCUGUCGUAUGAUCUAUGGGGAGAAACGAGGGAAUCAGCCCCCGGGGUCCAUGAACUGGACGAGGAUACCUAGGGCUCUUCCUGGCUUCCCUCACACCCACACCAUCCAGAUUACUUAUGAUAUUCCAUCUGGGAUUCAGGGCCCCGAGCACCCGAACCCAGGCCAGACAUUCUAUGCCGUGGGCUUCCCCCGUGUCUGCUAUCUCCCCGAUAACGACCUUGGCCGCAGGGUCCUCAGGCUCCUCCAGAUAGCCUUCGAACGACGUCUCAUCUUCACCAUCGGCAGAUCGGUGACAACCGGUCGUGAGGACGUCGUCACCUGGAACGAGAUUCACCACAAAACCGAGCUCGGACCGUCGACCUCGGGGCAUGGAUACCCAGACGUCAGCUAUCUGGAGAGGACCCUAUCAGAGCUGGCGGCUCAGGGCAUCACCGAUGGACAAUCCACAUCGCAUUAUCAAGAGCUGCGUUAGGCCUUCAUUACCUCAGAUAUAUAUUUCAAGUUCUGAAGGAGCAGUGGAACAUAAGACAUAAAGUAUUAUAUAAUGGAAAAAUAUUAAUUGAGAGAAACAAUUGGCAAUACUGAUUAAUUACAGACGUCAGCAAGGAACUGAUAGACUUUAAUAACUCUCUUGCUUUCGGUUCAUGUCCUCCGGUAAUUGAAGAGAACUUUUUUCACUAGAUGAGAGGAGACAAAAUUAUUUUCGUGUUCAUUUUUAUUAUUUUAUCGGCGUAGGAUAGAGAGACAUAUGCUCAGAUUGUUUAAUUCUACAGAUAUAUAUAUAGAAUUAUAGGCGAAUGAAGUAUAAAUAUUUUGUAAGGUUCAUAUUUUAAAAUAAAUUUUUAUAGAAAAUUAUUAAUAAUUUAA